AAUUAUUACAUGCCAUCCUUUUAUAUGGCAUGGAUAGAAAUUUAUAUUACUGGUUGGUUACACAGUCCAAAUGGACUUCUAAAGUUGACAGAUACCUUUUAGCUGCUCAAACACAGAACAAAAAACUCAUCUUUAACUGACUUGUGCACACUGCACAUUCCAUACUUGUGUUAAUGAAAAUAUGUGUUACCUUUAAUAGUUUGUGUGUUUUCAGAGCAAGGGGACCAGACACCAGUAAAAACAGGUGGCCCAGAUGAUCCAACCUCUCAGGGUGACUUUAUUGCACUUUCCAUAGAAUUCUACAUCCAGAGCAGCUUCAAGGCUAGUGGCAGAGAUGGUCCAGCCUCACAGACUACUCCAGCCAGACUUCAGGUUGCUCUGACUGAUGACCUUGAGACUUCCAGCAAGCAGAACUAAAGAAGAAUUCACUUCACAUGAACAAUUACAUGACUAGUAUAUGGAAAUGGCAUUAUAUUUGUGCCUUUUGAGUUAAUUCUGUUUGAAUGCCAGGAGUUUUGGAAGUCAAAACUAAUUUUUCUGUCUCUCAUGCUUAAAUCAGAGGGACCCGGAGGCUGCACCAUUUAACAUGAGUCUGGUGAAUGAGAGCAUCUCAGAGGAAUUCAUUCUCUUAGGGUUUUCAGAUCGGCCAUGGCUGGAGCUGCCACUCUUUGUGGUGUUUCUAGUGUCCUACAUCUUGACCAUCUUUGGGAAUACGAUGAUCAUUCUUGUGUCCCGCCUGGAUGCCAAACUCCACACCCCCAUGUACUUUUUCCUCACUAACCUGUCCCUGCUGGACCUGUGCUACACCACAAGCACAGUCCCACAGAUGCUCAUCAACAUAUGUAGCACCCGGAAGGUCAUCAGCUAUGGUGGCUGUGUGGCCCAGCUUUUCAUUUUCCUGGCCUUGGGUUGCACUGAAUGUUUUCUCCUGGGUGUCAUGUCCUUUGACAGGUUUCUAGCCAUCUGUAGGCCUCUCCAUUACUCAGUCAUCAUGCACCACAGGCGCUGCCUCCAGUUGGCAGCUGCUUGUUGGAUCAGUGGCUUCAGCAACUCAGUAUUGCAGUCUACGUGGACUCUUCAGAUGCCCCGGUGUGGUCACAAGAAAGUGGAUCAUUUCCUCUGUGAGAUCCCUGCCCUACUCAAAUUGUCCUGUGUGGAUACAACAGCAAUUGAGGCUGAACAAUUUUUUAUAAGUGUUGUCUUCCUUUUAAUACCUGUGACUCUCAUCCUUAUCUCAUAUACUCUUAUUGUCCAAGCAGUGUUGAGAAUAAGGUCAGCUGAAGGUCGGCGAAAGGCGUUUGGGACAUGUGGCUCCCACCUAAUUGUGGUGGUACUUUUUUAUGGUACUGCCAUCUACAUGUACCUGCAGCCUCCAUCCCCUACCUCCAAGGACCGGGGAAAGAUGGUGUCCCUCUUUUAUGGGAUCAUCACACCCAUGCUGAACCCCCUCAUCUACACCCUUAGGAACAAGGAGGUAAAGGGAGCGUUUAAGAGGUUGAUAACAAGGGUCUUUUUGGUCACAAAAUAAGGACUACCAAUGAUAGCACUAUUAUUAUAAGCUCUUACAGCUUGAUGAAUUAUACUAUUUUGUUCCCUAUAGCACUAUUCUGAUCAUCCUAUGAAAAUAAAAUCUUGAAGCCAGAAACCCAUAUUAGUAUUCUGCUGCAUAGAUAUAUUCAUUUCACAAGCUGUUAGAAGUGACCUUUUAUGAUCUUCCAAAACUGCUAACCUUAUAAGCUUCACACUUUCAGGAUUUACAGCCUUUUUGUUCUUGGUGAGGUUUCUUAGACAUCUCAGGUUCUGAAAUACAUGUUUGUGGAUCUUUUCCCCAAUAAUACAUUUUAAUAACAUGAAUAUCUCAUCUACAUGCAAAAAUCAGAACUCUACUAUUCUUUUCUGACAUGUGUUGAUCUAGUAUAAUUCUGUAAAACUAUCUAUGGCUUCUGCUCCCUAAUCAGAAGUACAUACUUAGGAGACCUAGAGUGAAAUUUCACACUCUUUAAGAAAUGCUAUACUAAAAAAUACAAUGAAAAUUUCUACAGUUAAAAAAUCAAAUUUUCAAUUCUUUUUAUCUU